CUGCGGUUUCCACUAUCAGUUACCUCCCUUUUCGACAGUUUUCAAGAAAACGUUCAACGUGCGCAGAGGAAGCCAUGUUGGAAAAUUGAGCGCCACAAAAGCCACAAAGAAACUUGCCUAACCUUAAUUAUUGAAGGCGCGUUGCACAUCGGUAAGCCAAUUAGAUUAUUUGUCGAAGGCAAAAUGUGUGAUAUUGAUGACUUUGAAUCUUCGUCGUCCAACAUGGAUUUUUUCGAUGAUGACAAAAAUGACUCGUUCGAUUUAUUUGACGGUGUUUUGGACACCGACACCGAAGUCUUUUCUAAAAAAUCGAAAGUCAUACGUGUUUAUCCUAAUGGUGACAUGCAGUUAGAAAAAGUGAAUUUUGCUAGCAUAAGUACACACGAAGAGAAAGAACUGAUUGAUUAUUUGAAUAAUGGUAGUCGAGGACGACCUACCCCUACACCCAAAACCAGCGAUAGCGAGAAUCCGCGACAGGCGAAUGCAAGCAGAAAACGAUCAUUAACGGACGACAGCAUCGAUUCGAGCUCGGCAAUGUAUUUAAAUUCCAAUGAAGGUGCAUGUAUGUCGAAGAGCGCCGUUGCAGCUCGCGAAAAUCGUAAAAAGAAAAAGAAACACACACAGGAAUUAGAAACGACGGUAGAAAAGCUACAGACAGAAAAUACAAGUCUCAAAACUAAAAACAGUGUGUUACAGUCAUCGUUAGAUCAGUUGGAAACAGAAGUCAAAUAUUUAAAAAGCGUCAUUGCAAACCAAACAACAUUAGCACACUUGAUUGGCAACAUACAAAAUACACCAGGCGUUAAAUUCCAAACUUCAUUAACAGUUGACAGAUAUAACAAAGAAAACAUCAAAGACAUCAAUGAUAAUACUGUUACAAGGUCUGUCAUUGUUCCAGUAGAAUCAAGAAAAAAUAAAAAUGAAAACAAACAGAUCGGUACAAUGUGUACACGGUACGGAAAACAGCGAAAAGAUACAAGUGCAACUUCAGUGCCGAAAGAAAUAAAACCAGGAAAGAAGGAUGACCAGUUUGAACCAUGUCCCUCAUCAACAUGUACAGCGGAACAAAAUUCCAAUGAAAAGUCGGGCCAGACAACAGCGGGUGUUUGUCUUCAUGUUUCUGAUGGAUCUGUGUCUUUGGAAUUCUGUGCAAAUUGUGCUUCCAGUGCAGCCUUUGCAAAGGCUAUCACUUACGACCAUUCCUAUGGAAAGGUUCAAGGAAAAGGUUGAAAUUGAGUCAUAAAAAAUGGUCGGUAAUUAUAUAAGUGAAUAUUACUAGAAGAAGAAAAUAAUGUAAAGCACUCAACUUUUUGAUGUUACAAAAAGUUUUGCUUAGGGACAACAAUACAUGUAUAUGUAUCUUCAUUACACAUUGAAAGUUUGACACUGAAAGAAUAUACUGUAUUAGUUUUUGAUAUCAGAAUUUCAGAGAAAUCAAAUCCAUCAUAUGUUCAGUUGAUUUAAGAAAAUAUAUGUCUGGUGUUUCGAAUUAAUCAAUAGUAUCUAUCUUUACAUAACUUUGAUUUUUACAUUGUUAUAACUUGUGAAAUGGGGUGACUACAUUUUUGAUUAUUUUUUUGUAUCAUUUUAUACCAAUUCUAUGCAAGUAUAUUUACAUUUCCAGCUAUACCUGUGCUCGGUUUGAGAACAUGAAAAAGUCAACACAUCAUUAGGAGUGGUUCAGAACUACUAGAAGCAGUUUGCUUUGGUGGAGUAUACAAUGCAAAUGGUCGGUGUCAUUCUGUGAAAAGAAAACAUAUGUUAAAUUUACACUAUACAGUAGAUGAAAAAACUUGUAUCACUUCAGCAGAUUCCACACAUUUUAAUUACCAACAGAAAAUUACAAAUUAUCUGAUAUACAGCUGGAAGAUGAGGAAGUGAUACAAAUUUUUGACUUGACAGAAGAAAAGUUCUAGUUUGCUUUGAUCAGUUUUCAUGGUUCACAGAUAAGAAAGGUCUGGAAAAGUUUUGGAAUUCAGUGUUGUGCUUUAAAAGCCCAAAGCAUUUGAUUUGUGUCUUUGGUAUUGAAAAAUAAGGAGAUAUUUUGUUUUCAGAAAUACUCUAAAAACAACUUUUCGGAGUUUUGUGAUAAAAUCAAUUUUGUGAUAUUUAUCUUGAUUUCACAAAAAAAGUCCCUAAAAAGUCUCAGAAUUCAAUGACCUGGAUUCGAAGUCUGUGAACCAUGAUUUCACAGAUACGAUCAGAAUUAGAUGAACCAGUAUAUGAAUAUUCUUUCAUUUUAACGAAAAAAUUAAUUCUUCUUUCAUUUUAAUGAAAGAAUUAUUCGACUUUACAUCAGUCAAAAAUGCAACUUUGUCAUGAGUUUUAACACCUCCCUUGUAAUAUUCCAUAAUUACAUAAAUGUACCAAAUACAGUGAAUAAGCUGUUCCGGUGUUUAUGUAGUGGAUCAGUUACAAAAGUCUAAUACACAACUUUCCCUUCUUUCUCUCAUCUCUUUUCUAAUCUUUCAAUCUAAUCUAUCUAAAAAAAUCAUCAUCUGAAAUGAAUUUCAAUAAUACUUCAAUGAUUAAUUACGACCAAUUACCAAAAUUUUAAGAGAGAAAGAAAAUAUUAACGGAAAAAAUACCAUAAUGAUACUGUUAUAAAGAUGUUCUUCAAACUUUGAAUCCAUAACAUUUUUGAUAAACUUCAAAUAUAAAUUAUACCUACAAAAAUUAAACACAUUUCAGAUGAUGAGCUGCACUGUAAUUUUGGAUUUGUACUAAAAUGUUAUUUCAAUUUCUUUUUCAGUUGAUGUCCUUAUUCUCUGGUCAGAGAAGCGAUUCCUAAAACUUACUGUUAAAGAUACUGAAUGAAAAUGCAGUGGAGAGGCAGACAAAGCUGAACUUGUAAUGAGAGGCAGUGGUAGUAAGUAUGCAGAAAGGCGUCGUGAAGAAAGGACAGAAUAAUAUAGGGUGAAAUCAAAGUCGGUGCUGACAGGGAAAAGCAGAUUUCUUUUAAUUUAUGCUGAUUUCAUUUGUAAAUUAGUAAUAAAAUUAGAAAGGUGUAUUAGUUUGCUAAAAGCAAUAUAGUAAUAUAUCGUCAUUUGAUUUCAUAAGACAGACAAUGAUAUAUAUGCAUUUGGUGUCAGAGAUGUGAAUAAUAUAUUCCGAGACAAGAAGGUAGAUUCCAUUAUAUUGAUUUGAUGGUUAUGACAUAGCUGGUAGUGUUCAUGUUGAUGGAUGUAUUAAAGUUGAAUAAUG